UCAGAAAAUGCGUAAUAAAAUAGUUCCAAAAGUAAAAAUGGGCGUAAGAGCGCGCAAAACAGUCUCCCGAAACGGUAUCAAGUAAAACGCCGGCGUGACCGUUCUCAGAUUUCUCUCUGGUAUAACUAUUAGGUCCACUCCGUCAUUUGUUUCCUUUUGCGUCGAUCCCUUCUGCGCAUCCGACAUUGUGCUGAUUGUGAGUAAAACCAAUGACAGUAAAAUUAUAUGUGCAGUAGUGUGACUGUAGUGAGUACAUAUACAACACACGUCGCUGGAUCCUGCAUGGGUGUACGGUGGAAUACUACGUGAUCGGGACCGGAAAGAUCAAAGGGGCCAAGUGGACCUACUAGUUAUACCGUUAUACAAUGGUCGCACCUGACAAUAGUGAAUAGGCGCGUUUACUCCAGAAUAUAUGUAUAGAGCUCAUUGGUUCAGGACACCGCAUGUCAGAUUACUGAUUAGAUCCGUCAUUUUUAGUCGAGCUUUCAGUGGACGGCAAAUAGAACGGAAUAACAGCCAAACGCAAACUCGCAUUUGUGUGAAGGAUGUUAUGUGUAUUGACACACAGUAAUUAAAUGGCAAAGAAUGCUCCGUGAACGCUUCCCAGAUAACAAUUUUGCUUGUUUUGUGUAUGCAAACUCGUACGAGAUUUGCCUGAGUUUUGCUUGUAAGAUAUGUUUAGUCUGUGCUCAGUGCCGGUUUUAGCAACAUUUGCGCCCUGAGUAAGAUUAUCGUGGCGCCCAUUCAGAUUCAAGAGCUCGAAAUUCUUGAGAAAGAAAAAAACAAGGUGAUAAUAUUGAACGACGAACUCCAUUUUGUUUUUAUAUUUUAGGGAAUCUUUCUCACUCUCAAACUAGGUGAAACCAGGCAGCGGCGCCCCUACAGAUUUGGCGCCCUGGGCAAUCGCCCAAUCGCGCCCCACCUUACCGCCGUAUCACGUUGGUAACUUCCAGUGGUAAAUUCCUCGUGGUUAACCACAAGAUUGGAGAGAUAGGAUUUAAAGGAAAAUGGGAAAAGCCGGGGUGUCGCUCCAUCGUUGGACACAAUUUAAACAACCUCGCGUUCUUUACGUGAGAAUGGAAUGAAUGGGUCAGUCAAGGUCAGCGAUCCCCUCCUCUCCUCCAUUCGGCUGCCGACUGAAAUCACAUGGAAUGGAGUAAAGGGAACGAGUCUUUGCCGCGAGCAGUCUCACUCGCUCGUUUUUCUCGUCACAAGCCGGCACCUGUGAUUUGCAUCCAUCCCAUUACCCGCGGCAGCUAUGACACGAUCCAAAAAGAAAACUGCGAAUUACGAGGCCGUCGUGAAAAAUCUCGUAGCCGGUGGUGUUGCCGGCAUGUGCUCGAAAACGGCCGUGGCACCAUUGGACAGGAUCAAAAUUCUGUUGCAGGCACAGCACGAGCACUAUAAACACUUAGGAGUUUUCUCGGGGUUCAGGGAAAUCGUUCGACGCGAAAAUUUCUUUGCUUUGUACAAAGGCAAUCUCGUUCAAAUGAUCAGGGCCGUGCCGUACGCAGCGAUACAAUUUACAGCGUACGAACGGUAUAAAAAGCAUUUAGAGGGAUCGUUUGAGCAAAGUUCGCAUAUAAAUGGAUUUUUGGCCGGAGCUGCCGCGGGUGUCACAGCAGCCGCGAGCACGUACCCACUCGACACUAUCAGAGCAAGGCUGGCCUUCCAAGUUACCAGCAAUACACUUUACUCCGGAAUCAAACACGCCGCUGUGAGAAUGCUGAAGGAGGAAGGCGGCCUUCGAGCGUUGUACCGAGGUUUCUUGCCAAAUAUGUUGGGCAUGGUACCAUACGCCGGAUUUUCCUUCUAUACAUUCGAGAAGGUAAAAUACCUAAGCAUGAAAUACGCGCCGCAUUAUUUUUGUACCGAGCAUCAAACAAAUACCGGUGGUCUUAUAUUGAAUAUACCGGCGAAACUUCUAUGCGGAGGCGCCGCCGGUGCUGUAGCGCAUACCUUUUCCUAUCCAUUAGACGUUACGAAGAGACGAAUGCAGUUGGCUAUGAUGAAUCCAGCUACACAUAAGUACGCGUCGGGAAUGUUACCUACUCUUAGAAUGAUAUAUACCGAGAAUGGCAUUGUGAAAGGUUUAUACCGUGGAAUGAGUAUCAAUUUCUUACGAGCAGUUCCUUUUAUGGCAGUUGGUUUUGCGACGUAUGAGGUAAUGAAGCAGACCCUUCAGUUAGAUACUGGAAUAAAACUAUAACACCCUAUACAUACACGAAUAUAAGACUAUUUUUAUCUUGAUUAAAAUAAGAAAUUUUACGAUAUUAAAAUUAUGCAAUAUACCGAUGUCUGAUUUAUUAUGAAAAGAUAAAUCAUAAAAAGACAGAUCAUACAAUACGAAUAUUUUAGGUAUCUUGCUUUAGUGUUUUCAGCUGAACAAAAAGAGUAAGAUUUAAAAAAAAAGGUAUGAUUAGAAACUAUGUACAGUACUGUUACAUUGUAUAUUUAGAGUUAGUAGUUAAUAGAUGCAGAAUUGAUGCUUUCAAUCUCUUCUAAAUGAAAAACUUGCUCACCAUUUUUAUACAUAUACAUGUAUUGAUAUGUACAUGUAGCAAAUUAAACUCAAAUCGUUGAUGAACAUUACUACUACAAUUAGAUUGCAAAUAAAUAUGAAACAUAUAGCAAAUGCUUCGUAAAAAUACAUAUUUAAAUACGUAACACUUUUUACCCGAAUGUUCAAAGAAUAAAAUUAGGCAAAUUAUUAUUCCGAUAUGUAAUAUGCAUUAUUGUAUACACUGACAAAAUAGCUGUAUGUUUUAUGAGAAAAAAAAGAGAGAUAUUUUGUGUACAUAUUAUUCUAGAAUAUUUAUUUGUACAUAUAACUCAGAAAUAUGAUGAUAAAGUUUUAUCUUUAUACAUAUUACUUAUCUUUUUUACUGCGUAAUGUAAAUACAAGUAUUAAAAUGAUAAACUCAAAGAAAAUGAGUUUUUAAUAUAUACAAGAUAAUACUUCAAAUAAUUAAA